AUGUCACUGGGGAGGACGCUGCCUCUACUAAAGCGGCACUCGGUUCGCUGUUACCCAGGGCGCGCUCUCGCGAACAGGGCCUGGGCCGGUGUUGACUGCCCUGGGGUCGUUCCACCCACAGCGCCUCUGUGGCAAAGUGUUCGGGAGCUGACGUCUUUGAAAGCUGUGUCACGACUUGUGCCGCUGAGCGCAGCUGUUGGCGCGAGCGCUCGGGCGCCGCUUUUGGGUCGGAGCACCGCAACAGCGGUCGGUACGCGCGCUGCUCACCUCAGUACCGAACUGGGCUGCGCCGCCGGCGUUUCGGAAAGACUGCCUACAAGUUCAGAGGCUGCUACCGAAUCGACACUGUCGGAGGUGCUCACGACGCGUGCAGGCUCCUUUUUCCGCGACUAUCUGCGUCUAUCCAAGUACAGAUUAACCGGUAUGGUUGUUUUGUCCGCACAAGCGGGGUACCUGCUAUACCCCGUGGAUGCCCGUGUUGCCGGCGUUUCACCGGGGCUUGUGGACGAGACAGCGCCUCGAGCUCUUGACCAGGACACACUGCGGCAGGUCGGGUUGCGAGACGCUUGGGAGCGAGUGCGUCGGUUCGGGUGGCUCAGUGUUGGGACUUUUCUCUGUGCUGCCGCAGCGAAUACGAUGAACCAGAUCAUGGAGGCACGUUUGGACUCGCGCAUGAAGCGCACUCGUUUUCGUCCACUGCCAGCAGGUCGACUGAGCGUUGGCCAUGCCCUCGCUUUCGCGUGCAUAUGCGGCAUGACUGGCGUCAUGUCCUUGUACUGGGGAACGAAUCCACAGACUGCCCUACUCGGCCUGGGCAAUACCCUGCUCUACGUGUCGGUCUAUACACCGCUGAAAGUGCUGACUCCACUCAACACCUGGAUCGGUGCACUGGUUGGGGCAAUCCCGCCGCUGAUGGGCUGGGCUGCGGCAUCCUCGGACACAGGGACUGCAGUUCCUGGCGUUUGCGGCAAGGACGCUGAGAGCCUCCGGGGUGGAUUCCCGCUAGCAGCCCUCUUGUUUUUCUGGCAAAUUCCCCAUUUCCAUGCCCUCGCAGUGCUCUGUCGAGCGGACUACAUGUCUGCUGGCUACCGCAUGCUAGCGUUGACGAGUCCAGUGUGGAACGCUCGGUUGGCGUGGGUAUCUUCGGCAGCGCUGAUACCAACUGGGGUCUGGUUUGUUCGCGAGCACCUUUGCGCCGAUGGCUUUGGGUUCGGUCAUACGUUACUAGCGCUCUGGUUGACGCUUCACGCCGGGCAACUCGUUCGACGCCCGCUAGACAUCGCCGUAGCGCGGAGGCUCUUUCGCCAGACGAUUCUUUAUCUUCCAUUGGCGCUUGCCUUGACGUUAUUGACCCGCACUAGAGAUGGGAAGCCGUCUACCCUCGAGUUACGGUAUGAAGCAGGGCACUGGGGGGCCCCAGCUCCCGCUCACUUGACGUUUCCGGAGGCGGAUUUGAGCUCGUGCCGAACGCCGAACAAAGACUCCACGGAUUCGCUGACGUUUAGCAACGAGAAAAGCAGUGCGUCUGCUCGACGGUUACGCAAGGAUGCAUCAGCCGUAAUGAGUGGCAUAGAUUGCGCGUUUCCAGAUGCAUACAUUGCCCCGCUUCCCUAUCUACCGCCGCCGCGCUUUUAG